AUGAAUUCCAUCCAUCCCCCAACAUUCUCCAACUUCUAUCAUCCGGACUAUUCAGGUCGAUCAACUCAUGCUGCAGGAAGCAAUUCAACUGGUAAUGAAAUCUGCUGCUGGAUCACCAAUGGUUACGAAUGUGGAAGAACAUUUACAAACGCAAUAGCCGUUGGAAAUCAUAUUGAAAUUGAUCAUUUAUCGCACAACGCCAAAAAAUGCUUUUGGAGAUGCUGUGGGGAAAAGUUCAAGACAAUAUUCGACCUAAAAGCACAUAUCCGGUCCCAUACCAAUGUGAUGGCCUUUAUUUGUGGGAUAUGCAAGAAACGUUUCGAGUAUGUUGAAAACCUCAAUGUGCAUAUGGUCACUCAUGAAGAUCAACUAUCUUUCGAUUGCACUCAUCUCGGAUGUGGACGGUCAUUCGACUCACAAUCAAGCCGCCAGCAACAUAUGCAUGUACACAGUACUCACACAAGAUACUUUUGUAAUAAUAAUGAGAAGUUGGAUACUGGAAAACUGACCUCUGCAAACAACACUGUCUCUUUUUGUGUUUCCAACGGAACACCACCACCGGUUCUGAAAAAACAAGACAUGUCUAUGCGGGAGUUCAUAAAAUGGUCCGACGGUUACAUUUCGGUUUUGCAGAAUCCUUUCAUCAACUCUCGCCAUCAAUUUGAGAUGAAGGAUGCGAUUGAAGAUGAUGAGCUUUAA